CGCAGGCUAAACGCUUAACAUCAGCCCUCUAUUGCGCUACGAGACAAAGUCACUGGACGUCGAAGCCACUUCGAGCUGCUCUGGAUUGAGAGUUAAAUCUGCUUCUCAUAGCCCAACAUACGGCAGCACCCAAAUUACUCCUUUUAUUUUAUGCUAAACGUACCUCACAUCUCGCGAUGCUCGAACAUGCUCAAUCCCACCUUCAUCUUUCCACUGAAGCGAUCAUUGGCGUCGUUUUCGGCGUCCUUACCCUCACCGCCACGGUCGCCAGUAUCCAAUUCAAGGACUCGAUGGUUCGUUUUUGCUGCACUCCUCGUCGGUCAAGAGGUACUGUCCCUCAGGUAUCCUCCUAUCAGCAGGGGCUAAAGCCCUCAAGAUUUAAACGACGUCGAGGCAACUGCUGGUACUACUACCUCAGCAUCAUGGCCUAUAAGAACUGUUCCGCUUCUAGACCCGCUCGAGCUGCAUACAGUACCGUGGAGUUCUCUGCAUCGGUCAUCGCCAUAUGA